AGUGAAUCCCCACUUCUCACCUAAAACCCAAAAUCAUGGACCUCAAGCUCUCCACCCUCCUUUGCUUCACUCUAUUAUUGUGCACCAUUCUUAUCCCAACUCUCUCCGAACUCUGCAAUCCACAGGACAAGAAAGUCCUCUUGGAAAUCAAGACAGCCUUCAACAAUCCCUACAUCUUAAUUUCAUGGAACCCCGACGUCGACUGCUGUACUACCUGGAACAACGUCGAAUGUGAUCCCAUCACCAACCGCAUCAACUCCCUCACCAUCUUAUCCUACGAUCAAAUCUCUGGCCAAAUCCCUCCCCAAGUUGGUGAUUUGCCAUACCUCAAAACUCUCGUGAUUCGCAAGCAACCAAAUAUAACCGGUCCUAUCCAACCCUCCAUUGCCAAGCUCAAACAUCUCAAGACGCUUAGACUCGGCUGGAACAACCUCUCAGGCUCAGUCCCGGACUUCAUCAGCCAACUCAAGAACCUGACCUUCCUUGAACUCUACUACAACAACCUCACUGGCUCUAUCCCCAGCUCACUUUCUCAGCUACCAAAUUUGGCUUCUCUUCGUCUAGACCGUAACAAGUUCACGGGUCAUAUUCCGAGCUCAUUCGGACAAUUCGUUGGUGUCAUUCCAGAUCUCUACCUCUCCCACAACCAGCUCACAGGCAAGAUACCAACCUCAUUGGGCAAAAUGGACUUCAAUCGCAUAGACUUGUCACGUAACAUGCUCGAAGGUGAUGCAUCCUUCCUAUUCGGGUUGAACAAGACAACCGAGAUUGUAGAUUUGUCCAGGAACAUGCUGGAAUUUGAUCUGUCAAAGGCGGAGUUCACAAACAGCCUGAUUUUACUAGAUCUGAAUCACAACAGGCUUACAGGGAGUAUCCCGGUGGAGUUGACUGAAGUUAAGUUGCAGUUCUUCAAUGUGAGCUAUAACAGGUUGUGUGGUCAGAUUCCGGUGGGUGGGAACUUGCAGAACUUCGACAACACGUCGUAUUUCCAUAACCGGUGUCUCUGCGGUACCCCACUCCCAAGCUGCAAGUAAUGCCCCGCUGCAUGAAAGAUCUGGCAGCUGUGUUCAAUAAUAAAGGUGCCUAAUGCAAAUAAGCAACCCUCGGCUUUGGCUGAUAAUUUUCCUACUUUAAAAUGGUCAUGAAAUUUAACAAACGCAUGUUGAUUAUAAGACAGCACAAAGCUUUAUUUAAUUUCAAUCAGAACCUUCUAAAGUGCUUGUGUUGACUUGUACCAAAA